CACGAGUUUUCGUGUGAUGCGGUUCAUCUUCCCGUUCUCACAGGUCUUCCCAAAAGAAAAGGAUCUACAAAUUCACAGUUGUAGACAAGAUCUUUCGAGUUCGUCUUGGUGGUGGGCCGCGACCGUCUAUUGAUCCGUUCUGAUCGUUGCUGCGUCGCCGUACCGUGAGAGAACUGUAAGGAAUAUCAUGCCGCACGUGUACAUGUCCCAUGAGCAAGUCGCUCGGGGUCCCCCUUCCGCCGCCGAGCUCCGCCGCUUCGCGGGCAAUGUCAAAAAGGCGCAGGCUAUCAAAUGCAAAAAUGUCUGGAUCUGGAAAGUUGGAACUUGUGAUGCUAACUUUGGACCCUAAAAAAAUCUGUAUUGCAUGACCAGCAAGAGGAGCCACAUUUGUGCUACGCGAGGAGGACAUUUGUCAUGCGGAAAUGGCAUCAGGAAGUCUUCCAAAAAUCUGUGAUGCUGGGUCAUGCAUUACAAGCAUCAUGAUGGGUCAUGCCAGACAAGCAUGACAAGCCUUGCACUCUUCCAGACCCAGACAUUUUUGCAUUUGAUACAGGCCGCGCCCAUCCUGCAUUUAAGCGCGGCCGAGCGGCUAUGUAUUGCAAAUAUGUCUGGGUCUGGAAGGUUGGAACUUGUAAUGCUAGCUUUCCAUACCUAGGAAAUCUGUAUUGCAUAACCAACAAAAGUCGCAGCCUCUUUUGCACGUGCAACCACGCAGUUUCUCAUGCGGAUUGCCUAUGAGAAAGCGUUCUGGAAAGUUGUCAUGCUAAAUUGCAUUCAGAACCUGGAGACUGGUUGAUACGCAUGUCGCUCUCGGUGUGUUCUCGGAGCGCGUCCUCUCUGCUCGGGAAUGCCGUUCAAGUUACGCGACGCGCUUUUUCUUCUCGGUCAAAUGUAGUACUUGGUCCACUCGGAGCGCCGUAUGUUCUGUUGCUGCUCGUGUCCUACACGGAGGUGCUGCGGUUGUACAAGGCCUCGUCAAGCAGCACUAUCAGGAGUGCCAGCCAUCGAAUCGAGAUGACCAUGCUUUUACUAGGAGGAACGGCAACAACGUGCGGACACCGACGACGACCAGACUCGGAACUACCAUGAAUCGGUGGCGCAAUACGGAAGUAGCUACGGACGAAGGGGCUUGAGAGGUAAAGGGGAUUGCCGGCUACCCUCAAUAGGUAAGUUCCGUCGCGACUCCGGCUUACGACCCCCGUCCCCCCUCCCACCCUUUGCUUCUGUUGCAGAAUAAGUCAAGGGCUGCACUAAGACCGCCACGCACAAACUAAACCUUUAAGUUGUCGCUGUGCCCCAGGUGGGUUGCCAGUCAGCAGUGACAAACAACUGGCCAAUGGUUUGACAUCUCCGGUCCGCGGCACUUGCCUUUUUCGUCCGUGCCGCAGGUAAGGCACAAAUGGUCCAGCCUCCCCUGUCUGGGUGGGGUUGCGGCUUAAGGGAGAGUCUCGCCCCUUAGCCCAAAGGGGUACGUCGUCUCUUCCGUGAGAACAAAAACUUAUGGCGUAAAAUGGGUCGGGUCCUGGAUCGUUCUGUAUGCUGGGCUGUCGCGCUCGGCUAGCUGGCCGGGCUGUACUGAUCAGGUGUGGUGGGUAGCUCCCGACUGGUUGGUACUUCUAUUGGGGCGACUUGCCGUGGUAGCGCUCGGCUUUUGUAUGUGGAGGUCGCCGAAAGUGCUUCCUCGCCCACCCCCCGGGGAGGGGAUCCUUGACCUGUGGCGCUGGGUGCGGGUGUCCACUACAUGAUGAUGAUGAUGAUCAUCCACAUUUUAGCAUCACAAGUUUCCAGACCCAGACAUAUUUGCAUUUGGUAGCGGCGCGCCAAACUGGCGGAGGCGAAGUCGAAGCUAUCAGAAUGAAAAAUCCCCCCUCCCCAUAUCAAAACGAAAUUUCUGAUGCUGGAUUUGCCUACACAGAUCAGAUUUGUCUUGCUGGCGAGGACUGCAGGCUCAUACUAAGCCUGAGUAGACAGGUUUUGGCCUAGGCGCUUUGCAUGAUAGACGUCCACGCUGUAGGUGCAACACCAUGACAAACCGCCUGGAGAAUGCGGCGGAGCUUGUGGAGUUGCCUUCGUGCAACACAGAGACGAUUUGUGGUCGCAAAUCAGCAACGCAAAUUUUCGAAAACGUGCAUUGUCAAUAUGGGCAGGUGGGAUUUUUACUUUUGAUAGAAGCUGCGCGAUCGUGCGGCGGAGCAGGCGCCUUCCAUGGGAAAGAUUUACUUUUCGCACCAGCCCUGGGUUAAUACUUCUAACGCUGCUAACCAGGGCUGGGGACAAGAAGAACAUCAUUUUCAUCACGGAGGUGGACCUCCACAUGUAGUUAUUUCUCAGGGAAGUACUAGAACUACUACUAUGCCCCCGAGCAGCUACAACAACCACUUGACGUCGUCGCAGCCGAAGGUAUUUCGACCGCCGCCAGGCUUGGAAGAAUUUGGACCAAAAAUUCCGUACCAGGUCGUGAACAAGCCGUUGGCCGCGGGGUAUAUGAAUCAGCAGGGGACGAAGACGAAUGAUUCUAGCGCUGCGAAAAUUCACCAGCAACGGCAAGGACCAAGCACGACGACGACCCGAGCCUACCAAUAUCAGUACCCGGGGGAGAUUAACCAUCCGGUAAGCAGGUACUAAGACGAACGUGAGUUAGUAGAGGUGCUGGGACCACCAACAGUUGUUCCUUGUGGUCGUCUGUCUACAACAAAAAA